AUGAGUUGGAGGCAGGUUGAUUGUCAUAUCAAUAACCUCUACAACACCACGUUCUGGAUGAUGGUUCUUCGCGGUGGGAUGAGUAAUACGGAGGCCGAGAAUGAGCUGAAGGGAACGGUCUCUUCAGACAAGAACGAGAUACUGUUCAAGAGGUUCGGAAUCAACUAUAACAACGAGGAGGAGAUAUACAAGAAAGGCAGUGUCGUCUACAGACAGUAUCAACUCGAAGAGGCCAAGACGAAGGCAGAGUUGGGGUUCGAUCCGAAGACGCCGCAGGGCGCAGGGGACGAAGAGGGCGCUCUGCCACAGGAGAACGUCUCGAAGACACAGCAGGAGAAGCUCCGCAAGCUACGACGCAAAGCGCAGGUCGUUGUUGACCAUGUGGAUAUCAUCAAGGAUGAGUUUUGGGAGCGGAGGCCGUGGAUUCUUUCAGGAAAGCCAGGGAAGUUGCCUAUGGACGCCUGA